CUACCUUUCACUAGUUGUUUAUCAUUCUUAAAUUAGAGAUAACUAAUCUUUUUGAUUUAUGACACCUUCUUAAUACUUGGAAUUUUUAUGAUUCAUUCAUAGAGCUAAAAUUUUUAUAAUAAAUCAAAUAAAAGCUAUUUAAUAAAUUCAAGUAGCUUUUUUGUUUUACGUUCAUUUUUAUAAUUUAAAAUAUCACAAUCCAAAACAAAUAAACUAUUUUUACUCAAGGUAAUGUCAAAUUUGAUAGAUUAAUACAAUUUGCUAAACCAGAACCUAAGCGUGAUGCACCCAUUGCACGAAUUUAAGAAAAAAUAUAUCAUUAAUUAGUUAAUUAGAAGGUAAAAAUAUGAAAUAAUAAGAUUAAUUAAUUAAUAAUAAAAGCAAAAGUUGAAAAUAAAAUGA